AUGUAUUUCCUCCCAAAGUUUACUGUGAUUUUGUGCAUAUUCCUCGGAACAGUGACUUCGAACGUGUAUAAUUAUUAUGAUAAUGAAGAAAGCAUAUGGUUCACAAAUCCAUAUUUAUCAAGAUAUAUAAGAUCAAGACCGUUUAACAGAGUGCCAAUAGCUUAUCCGCCGAGAUUUAUGUUAGGACCUAUGACAGUGCAGCCAUCACGACAGCAAGGUGUAUAUAAAUAUCCUAAUUUAAAUAUAAAUAUUAAUCGAGUGCCCUUUAUAUCUGUUCCACAUUCACCGCAAAUUGGAAUACAUCAACAAACUAUGAACCGUCCAUUUCGUCCGAUAGGACCCCAUGUACAAUAUGGAUACCUUCCUAAUACGAACGUUGAAAAUCUUAAUGGCAACUUUAACAAUUUUAUCAAGAAUGAUGUUAGACCAACGGUGAGUCCUUUUGUACGACCAUCUGUUGAAAGUCAAAGCACUACAAGUCACGAACAUAAGCCUUAUGAUCAAGUUAUGCAUAAUAACGAGUAUGGUCACGAUCUUAUGACGAGUACAGCAUCCGCGACGCCGACAUACACCGCACAUACAAGUACUACUUCAAAGCCUAUGCCUAGCCACGAGGAAAACCACCAAAACAAAUAUGAAGACUUUGAAUAUGAAAUCGAUGUCCGAAACGAUACGGAAUAG